AUGACAUUCUUCUUCAUGCUUCUUUCACAAAACAAGUGCAGAAAAAGGAGUGCCAGAGGUGGUUUAUAUUUUGCUAAUUCUUUAUUCUUACUAUUGUUUCAUUCGGCAAUUACUCAUACAACUGAGGCCCCAGCACUGUGGCUACAAGCUUGCAUAGUGGCAUGUCUUCUCAUUGCUUCUGGCCUUGUUAACAAUCUAAAAAGUAUCAGUGAGUACUAA